AUGGCCUUGAUGAAGUCUGGCAAGAGCACGUUGCUCAAUGCCAUGAUCGGCCAGGAGUUCUGCCCAGCCACCGUAGAACCUCAGACUGCUGCAUUGCUCCGCAUCCAGCAUGACCCAGAUUUCCCGGAGGGGAAGCUGACCGAUGCCAAUGGGAUCACCAUCGCGGAGGGCCGCGAGCAGAUCUUGAACACGAUCAUGGCCGCCAAUGCUGAACGUCGGAAUGCAGUACAGCAAGACAUGGCAAGCCCGCUGCAUGCAGCUGUGCAGCAAGACACCCCAGCCGUCGUGCCCUCGCCGCUGCUGGAGGGAACUUACAGCACAGUCGCCGAGGUCAGCAAAUGGCGGAUUGUCGUCUCCAUUCACCGCCUGCCAUACCAGCCCGGGUUGUUUGUGGUUGUUCUUUCGCACUUCUGCAACACAAGGUCCUGCAGUCCAGUUCAGUACCUUGGCCUGAUUCGGGACGCUGAGAAGACUUCAUGUGUGGCAAAUGUACAGUGUUUGCCAGAUGGGCGGAACAAGCGUUUGGAGCUAUGGCUUUGGUUUUCGCAUUGUGGCCUUGACUUCCAGCUUCAGCAAGUGGCCCCUGAUGGGACGAAUUAUGUGCUGAUCCCGCGGCAGUCAGCUCUGCUUCAAGAAGCGCCACCUCGUUUGCUGCGCGCUAGGUGUACCAACGGGGGCUUGGCGUCCUGUUGCUCUUUGACAAAAGGUGUGAAACGACGCACAGACGAUUGUGAGGAAGGCUACUGCGAGGUAGGCAGUGAGUUUGUCGUUCGUGCACUUUUCCCUCGGAGAGGCUGCAGCUGGCUUUUGAUGGAUCAUGAAGGCUAUUGGCUGGAACUCCAUAGCAGCACGAAGCAGCUGCAAUUCCAGUUCUUGCAUGGUGAUCACACGGCCAUUGUGCCUGGUGAGCAAGUCCUAGUACGUUGCGACAGCCGUGAUCACUCAGCAACUGUCGUGCAUGUGGCCUGGACUGGUGUGAAGCCCCUUUACACAGUAAGGCUAAGCUCGUCCCCAGAAAAUGAGCCUGUGCGUGUUGACGAAGUGCAUCUUGCGACGGAGCAGUUGUCUGCCACUGAAGACAGUCGAACCAGUGCAACAUGGCAAGCAGCAGAUGAUGACAGCGAUGAGCUCGUAAAGGCCAGCAUGGAGUUCAUCACGAGCACCAAUGCUUUCACUCUCUUCGUUCCCGUCGAGUCAUUCGCUGCCUGCUCGGGCUUGGAUGCGGCAGGUCUGAUCCUCAUGGAUACUCCGGGCCCGAAUGAAGCUCAUGUCGGCUUGAAGAUGGACCUCAAAGUUGCCCUUGCUGCUGCCGACGUUGUCAUCUACCUCAUUGACUAUACAAAGCUUGGCACCAAAGACGAGGUGGAGUUGCUGACGGAAAUCUGUGAGGAGUGUGGUGACAUGCUUGUAAAGGACCCAUCUCGCUUCUGGUUCGUAUUGAACAAGGUCGAUGCCAGGAAGGCGGGGGAGAAUGUAGACACAAUACGCAGAACGGUCGCAAGAAAGAUGAGCUCUUUGCGAAACGCCGUCACGGUUUCGGCGAGGCAAAUCUUGCCAAUCUCUGCGCAGGGUGCUUAUUUGGCACGCCAGGCUUCUAACUCCAGGUGGGAGAUUGACAUGGGCUUCCGGAACGAGUUUGAGGCAAGAGCCGUUGGGACGGCAUCUGCAGAGGCAUUCAAACCAAUGUUCAGUGAGGAGGAGUAUUGGAAGUUUGUGCAAGAGAAGUUCCCGCCUGCGUUGCUGGCGCAGUCAAACUUUGCUUGCUUCGAAGAGCAUGUGUUGGUGAGAGUUGCUCAAUCGAAAGACCGCAUCAUGAGGGAAAAGUUCUGCGAAGCAGCGCAGGCACUUCUUACAAGCAUGCAGAACUCUGCCAAGUUGACAUUGGCAACUCUUCAGGAUGCAGGCGUUGAGAUCCACCAGCAGAGGCUGAAAGCCGUCGAGCUAAGCGACGGUCUGCACAGGCGACUGCAAGACAUGGAGGGUACCAUUUAUAGCGCCACGCCCGAAGAACCGUUCGUGAGGCUCAUAGAGGACCAUUUCGAGAAGUUGAAGAACCAGGCGUUAACCAUGAUUCGGAGUCUCUUCGGUGGCUCGCGUGAGACGACAAAGGGAUUGAAGUUCUGGUUGGAUGUCGUAGACAAGGACAAGACGUGGCAUGCUCAGGUACGUCAGAAGUUCAACAAUCGUGAAGAUGCUAAUUCGUUUGUUGAUCGUGAAUUCGAGAAGUUUGUGGAAGUCUUGGACAAGUUCUUUCAGACCUCCAACCAGGAGAUUGUGACGCAGCUCAACGAUGCAAGUGCACAACUUCAGAAAGAUAUCUUGCAGGCUGCUCAGCCUAUCAUCAACCUGGUGGUUAAGCAAGCGGGUGACGUGCUGAAUUUGACUUUGCAAGAGGAGAGCCUCUCAUUCAGCGACAUUCUCACCACCGAUGUUGAAGGAUUGUUGGAACAGGGGCUCACUGCAGGCAGUGGUGUUCAGAUCAGCGUUCACAAACAGCAGCACCAGAAUGUACGCCUUGUCACAAGGACAUGGUACUUUCUGGAUCACUUCCUUCUUUGCCCGCAAGAGUUGGAGCGUGCUUGGGCCGAACGAGUCAAGAAGCUUCUCUACAAGAUGGCCUGCUGUAGCAAAGACGGGGUUCAGCACCUGAUCACAGCGGAAGUCGAGAAAGCAACUGGUCACGUCAAGGAGCGCUGCGCAGAGCUUUCACGGAUCUUGUUUGCAAACCGUGAGCAGCUUCUGUCUGAUCAGGCAGCUGCCGAGGCACAGAAAGCCCAGCUAGAAGCACAGCUGAAACGCAUUGAGGCAACCCGCAAGCUCGUCGAGGGCUUCCGUCCACCUUGUGCCCAAGAAGAGAGCGAUGACCUUCGUGAGGAGGAAUCGUCACAUGACGCUCCAACAGUUCCUCCAACAUCCGACGGGGAUGGCCACCCGGCCUUCCAGGACGACUCGGGUGUUGAAGCCAAGGAGGUGAGCUCCAGCUUGCCGCCGCUCAAGCCUCUUUGUGGGCAGGCUGGUACAACUCUAACGCUUGAGUGGACCGGGCCAGCAAAUCCACCAUUUGCUGUGUCUCUCGAUGGCAACUUUUGCUCGAAGAGUGGCAAAGGCUUAUUUAAUUCACCGCUGCUUCCUGAGACCAGCGCCACCAUGGAUGUGGAGCUGCAGAUGGAGCGGGGUGGUGCAUGGAUCACAUAUGCCCAAGCAUUCAAAGUGAAUUGCUCCACACGGUCUCAAGUUGAGCCGUCAUGCGGCCCCACCCAAGAAGAUGCACAGAUUGAGUGUACCCCGACGGCGAUGGGAGCACCUGUCUCCGCAGAGACGAAGGGAGGAAGGACCUGUUCUGUAGGUGAAGACAAAGACCUACCGGCGACGAAGACCCAAACUACCCUGCCUGCUCCAUCUGGCACGUCCGCGGAUGCAGCACUUGUGGAGAUGACGGCCUGCAUCGCCAACUCCACAGCGAAAGAGGACUCCUUCAUUGCCGACAUCUCAAUGAAAUUCGAACAUUGUGGCAGGAACAUCGCCAGAUCUGCUGACCAAACAUCGGUGGAACGGUCUCGAGGAGUCACUGGUGGAGUCUGCACGGGCGCCCCGUUGCAAAGGAAUUCCGCGGGUGGCUUUGAGUUCACGAUUCGUGUGGACAGGACCAUUCCCACAGGGAUGCGGUCUUUUGCUGUCGGCUUUUGUCGCGAGCUCCCCAAGCUAGAGCCUUCCGGACGGGUCUUCACUGAUGAUGGCGCUGAUCUUCCGGAUAGCUUGUUGGCCGGCUAUGACAAGCGGCAGGCAGCCGCCGUCAUCAUCGACGGCCAGCGUCAGCAGACCACGUUGAAGUGGAGACCGUUGCAAGAAAUCCGGGAGCAACAGCUCAUCCACGUACAAUGGACCCGUCUUGGCUCUUUGAUUGUGUCCGUAGAUGGCGAGGUCAAAGUGGACCAUGCAGUGUCCCUGCCACCGAAUCAAGUGUAUCCCCUGGUUGACAUUCAAGGGCGUGUGACAGCGGCUUCGUUUGUCAUCGUGCGCAGGUGA